AUGCAUGCUAUUCAUAUUAAAAAUCCUCCUCUCACACAUUCAGAUGAGCCGAUUGACAUCACACCUUCGUUAGACUACAUUAAAGAAAUGGGCGAUAAUUUAUCUAUGACGAUAAGGGAUUUGACAAUCAAAACAUCUUUUUUAUUGGCAUUAGUGACUGCAAGUAGACCUUCGGACCUUAGGAAAGUUAAUCUUACCACAAUGAAAGAUCUAAACACAAGUUAUAGCAAGUCUCAUUCACUUACUACUUCAAAAUCACCAACAAAAAAGAUUUAUGUGGGACGUUAUAAUGACGAUCCAUUCUUAUGUCCUUAUAAUGCACUUCAAUUCCUUUUGUCGCGUACUCGAUCGUGGAGAGACAAUCAAAAGAAACAAGAAGCCUUAUUUCUAAUUACUAAACCACCUCACACUCCAGCCGCCACUGAUACAAUUGCAGGAUGGAUCAAAACUGUGAUUAAAAUGUCAGCAAAGGAUAUGCGCUCUUUGUCAGCUUUUUUCUUGCAAAAUGCCGGUGGUGAUAUAUCAACGAUUCUAGCUCUAGGCAACUGGUUCAGCAACACAACAUAUCAACGUUUUUAUCAACGGGGAAUCAAGCUAAUGUUGGAACGAAAUCAGGUGUCAAAGUUAAUUUUAGACAGUGCCACCACGCACAACUAA